AUGUCUCACAGUAAGCGAAACACAUCACGCUCCGUGUUCACUUCUCAUGAGAGAGAUCUGGCAAAGGCAGCCUGGAACUCUACUACUGCCCGCCUAACUAGAGAUUCUUUCCUGCCUUUUGCGUCUUGCCGGUUGUGCUUGUUACCAGCCCGCUCACCUGUCUCCUGUUCCCAUGGCGACAUCUUCUGUCGAGAAUGUGCUUUGAGCAACAUUCUGGCUCAGAAGAAAGAGAUCAAGCGCUUGGAAAAGACUCGGGGAAAGGAAAUAAAGGAGGCGGAAGAAGAUAGAGCCAGGGAGGAUUCAGAAGCCAAGGAGAGAGCCGUCCAGGAGUUCGAGAAGAUCCAGAUGGGCUUGGAAGCCAAGUUAGCUUCGUCUUCAAGCGCAAAGACAGUUGUUGGAAGAGAAGGGGGUAAGAUACUUGUCGAAGAGGAUGUUGCUGGAGGAAAGCGAGGGGAGAAGAGGAAGUUUGAGCUUGAUGAAGAUGAGCUUCUCCGAAUUGCGCGAGAAGAGAGGACCAAGGCAAGGAAAGCCAUUGAUGACGAGAAGGCCUCCAAGACCACCUUGCCCUCCUUUUGGGUUCCGUCCAUCACGCCUUCAUCAAACACCCACAUGACGCUGCAUAAGAUUGCAAAGAAGGCAAAGCUAUCACCCAUAUGUCCCGCUUCACCAGCCGACAAGCCGCAUUAUUAUUCGCUGCACACCCUCAUCGCGAUCGCAUUUACGGAGGAGAAGGACGCGAUUACAGGUACAAGUCAGCGAAUCUGCCCCUCCUGCAAGAAAGGGUUGAGCAAUACCUCGAAAGCAAUGCUCGCAAAACCCUGUGGCCAUGUUCUGUGCAAAAGCUGCGUGUCAAAAUUUAUGACACCGACAGGCGUUCAUGAUCCUCAUGCGCCUGAUGUAGACCAAAACGCGGUCUACUGCUAUGUGUGUGAGGCAGACUUGACAGAGAGAAAGGAGAGCCUGAGGCAAGCAAAUGGGGAGAAGGCUGAAAAGGAGAAAAUCAAACCUGGGCUUGUGGAGAUCAAGUGUGAAGGUACUGGAUUUGCUGGAGGAGGUUCAAAUACGGUUGAAAAGGCUGGGACAGCCUUCCAGUGCUAG